UCGACGUUCAGAAUCCACCCUAGCAGCUGAGUCUUCUUCCUCUUCUUCUUCCUCUAUCGAUGGCCAUGGCUGCGGCGUCCUCCCUUGUUCUCGCUGGUCCUUCUUCGCUCCUUUCCGGCCAAGCUCUGAGGCCCACGCAACGCCAUCCCUCGACGGUGGCGCUUCCGUCGCCGUCUUGCCGUCGCCGGCUUCGGAUAUCGGCUGAGGCGGCGCCGCAGGGCACUGGGGAAGGCACUGAGAAGGCCGACGCCAUCAACGUCCGCUUCGAAAAGGAUGGUAAUAAGCAGCACGAAGCCAGCGCCAUCGACCGGCAGCCUCGGCGGUGGGCCUUCGACGUCUCACCCCUCGCUUUGGUAGAUACGAUGUCGCCCAUGUGGACGAUGAAGAGGAUGCUGGAGACGAUGGAACGGCUCUUCCAGGAAUCCAUGUCAUUGCCGGGGAGCAGCGUGGUGGAGAUGAGGCGUCCAUUGGAGAUAAAGGAGACCGAUGACGAGAUCAGGCUGAGGUUCGACAUGCCGGGGCUGUCCAAGGACGACGUGAAGGUGUCGGUGGAGGGGGACAUGCUGCUGAUCAAGGGGGAGAACAAGGUCAAGGAGGAGGUCGCCGCCGGCGGGGAGGGCGCCGGGUGGAGCUCCGCUUCCUACCACAUGCGCUUCAUGCUCCCCGACAACUGCGACAAGCAGGCGGUGAAGGCGGAGCUCAGGAACGGGGUUCUGCUUGUGGUCGUCCCGAAGACGAAGACGGAUCGCAAGGUCUUGAAUGUUGAGAUCCUGUGAUGCCAGUAGCUCUUUCUUCUCGGAUGUGUGUGUGCUUGUUUGGACUUCGCUUAUGGUUGUUUAUGUCUGCCAUGUUUCAGGUUUUGUGUGUGUUUCUGCUCUGCAAUAAUCAAAAUAACAUUUUAUAUUAA